AUGAUUUUCCAGAAAAAGAAAUCUUCUCAUGUUAGUAAUUUUGGGAGUCCAGAUACUUCUAAGCUGCAUUCUCUAUGGGAUUUUGGGGUCAAAUUCCCAACUAAAGUGCCUAGCCAGGCUUUGGUAAAGCAGGCCAAACCAAAGAAGAAAGAUAAAGCUCCUGCUAGACAGAUGCAGCAUAUCCAGCUCUUGCCUUAUGAGCUGCAUAAACAUGAGUUUGGGAUCAUUCUCCCCGAUGUGGGGGAAGAAAGUUUAGAAGUUUUACUCGAUUGGUAUGAGAAAAACUAUGCCAGACCUAUCCCGAACAAGCUUCAAAUCAGACGCCUUCAUGAGCUGACUAGUCUAACAAAGUCAGAAAUCAGAGCAUGGACAGCUAAGGUCAGAAAGUAUAAACUUGUGGUAGUUAGGACUGAUGACGGCACCAGAUUUUUGGCUAUCAACCCCAGUCUAAAACCUAGAAAGUACAUUAAGUCGAGAAAAUAUUGCAAAGUCAAAAAAUCAGACGAAGACACGACUAAUAGCUCGAGCACUCCAAAACAAGCUGAUCAAGCUGUAAGCUCGGUUGACAAACCUGAAACAGAAGUGAAAUCAGAGGAGCCUAAAGUUAACACUUAAUUAUUAUAAAGGUUAGCAGGCUCUAAACUUGCUUUCAGUUCUUUGG